AUACACCUGUCCUGCCAGCUGAUCAGGUUAUUGUCGCUCUGUGUGGGACUAAUGGCCACUCCGGUGCCGAGGUGUCCCACUGACAUGACCUCAGACACACAAAAGCCUUUGGAGGAUCAUUUCACACAGGAGAUGUGCAUUGUCUGAUUAUGAUGUUAGUGAUAAUUAGCAUUUUGUUGAUUAUUGUACCUGGGUACAAACUCAAAUACAUGCCAAGUGUAUUGCAAAACUAGAUUAUUUAUAAUAUAGACAACCCACAAUAAUUGAAUAACAUUGUACAUGUCACCCUUUAAGUGACAGUAGUAAGAGUUGAGUUGUGUACUGCCAAAUGAUUACCCUCUACAUAAGAAUAGUGCUGGGAUACCAGAUUUGAGCUUGACAGAGACUUUGAUGGUACUGCAAUUAGUAAUUGCUUACUUCAUUCACAUAUGCCACUCCAUCGCCCUCUGAAGCAGUGUGUGAAAUCACACAGGUCAGUAUUUAUACAUUAGAGAAUAGCUGACGUCAAAGUGACGUUUAAACCACUUGUGGAAGUACUUGACCACAAGUAAAAACUUGUGUUGUCUGGGGUGAAAAACAAACUUGUUUUAGAUUUAUUUAGAAAUAAAAGGGGAGAUUAAGAAAAUCCCACAAAAGCACUAAAUCUAUAUACAUACUUAUAAAUUGUCAAAUUUGUUUAAACUUAAAUAAAAUAUACAGACAGUGACUUCAUGUAUCAUCAUGUGCCAUGUAUUUGGUCACACAGAUUCCACUGAAUUAGGUUAGUUUUGCAUUGGAUUUUAUCCCCCACCUUUUUCAGUGAGAGGACGGGAGAAGGGUGGGUGUUGGUUGGGGGGUAGCACUUUCACACUCUUGUCCAAUGGUCUUUCUUAAAUUAGCUAUGGGGGCAGGAGGCUCCCUCCCUGCGCUGACAGAGGGAGGAGCCUGCGCCUGUCACUGUCUACUGUUUCAUUAUUACCUGCACAGCCCUGCAGCAUUCACCACACUUGUGUCUCUGUGUGGCCACAUAGAAAGAGAGAGAGAGACAGAGAGGACACACUCCAAGGCCCAAACCAUCACAGAGAGUUUUCUUUUUUGAUGCUUUUUCCCCACUUGGGACAGGAAUCUGCCUGCUACUGCUGAUUUAUAAAAUAAUUGCAAGGCAACUAGCAGUGGAUAUGGCUGGUUGUCUGCAAAGUUCCCCACUUUGUCAAAAGUGGGAACUUUUAAGAUGCCUGCUUGUGACAUUUGCUCUUAGCUUCUGUUUUGCCUCGGUAGACGCAGAGCCGUUUGACCUAGCUCACCUUUAUCACCACAGAUCUGGACCUAAUGAAGACAACAUCAUCAUCGCUAACAAUGGGAUCAGAGUGCCUUUUGGGAGGUCUGUGUUUCUGGACCCUGUGAAUGACCUUGUAACAGAAGUGCAGCCUGGUGACCGCUGCCACAUCACAGUUUUGGACAAUGACCCACUGGCCCAGAAACCUGGGAUGCUGACCCCUAAAAAGUUCCCCUGUUCAUUUGGACCAGAUGAAGUGAAAUACACUCAUUUUGGAUCUCGGAGCCCCAGCAAGGAUCGUGUGAAGCUGCAGCUUCGUUAUGACUCCCAGACAGACUCAGUUAUCAUCCCUUUCAUGCUGGAAGUGGAGGUGGUUUUCCAGCAGCUUGAGAUUUUGACCAGGAAUAUGCCCCUUAAUGUUGAAAAGCUAAAUGGUGACAGCAACCCUAUUGACAAAAAAGGUCUGGAGUUUUCCUUUGAGGAUGGCGUCACACAGUGUAAGAUCGCCACUCUGGUCGGCGCUGGAGGUCUUCCCAGGUAUGGCACUCUAUUGAAUAACCCCUCAAAUGGCCAAAUGGUUGACUGUGAUGAGUUUCUGAAACAGGGCAUUCACUACAAGCACACAGCUAAAACCAACUCACCUAACAGAGAUUAUAUUCCAAUGAUGGCAGAGCUGCAGGAUAACGAAGGCAACACCAUAAUGCAAGAGCAUUUCCAAAUGAUGGUUAGAAUCAGAGAGGGUGCAGAGAACACAGCUCCUAAACCCAGCUUUGUAGCCAUGAUGAUGAUGGAGGUUGAUCAGUUUGUGAUGACAGCUAUUACAAGUGACAUGCUGGCUGCUGAAGAUGUUGAAUCUGAUCCAGGUGAUUUAAUCUUCAACAUUACUACACCACUUAGCCCUCAGCAGGGCUAUAUCAUCAGCACAGAUGAUCAGAAUCUGCCAAUCACCUCUUUCUAUCAGAGAGACAUCAAAGAUCUUAAAAUAGCUUAUAAGCCACCCUCAGAGGACUCAGAAGUAGAGAGGAUUUUCCAGCUAGAGUUUGAAAUUGUAGACACUGAUGGUGCUGUGUCUGAUACAUUUGCUUUUAUGAUUGUGGUGAAGCCUAUGAAUACCUUGGCUCCUGUAGCAACAAAAAAUACAGGGCAGCUAUUGUUUGAAGGGCAGUCUCGAGCUCUAUCCAGUUCCCGGAAUUUAGAGAUUAGUGAUGAGGAUAACCUGGAAGAUGUGAGAAUAACUGUUGUUGAUGGCUUAAAGCAUGGAGACCUGACCGUGCUCGGCGCUCGCAGGAAAUUCUUUACACCUGCCGAUCUAGACGCCGGCAUUGUGUUGUACCAGCAUGACGGCAGCGAUACCUAUAGUGACAACAUUAUUUUUAGAAUGACUGAUGGCAGUAGUGAAGUGGAGUUUUUGUUCCCUAUCACUAUUGCUCCCACUGAUGAUGAGCCACCUAUUAUCAAUGCUAACACCGGGCUGGUGCUAUUUAAGAAUGAAGUCAUGCAGAUCUCUCCCUUCAUCUUGAGUGCCUCAGAUAUUGAUUCAGAAGACUCCACCAUUAAGUUUAUCUUGGAAGCGCCCUACUCAACUGUGGGGGAGCUCCUGCUAAGGCAAGUGGAGCCUCCCUCUGACCCGUCUCUCUGGAAGUUCAGCGAGACAGAUGAGAUGUUUGAGCAGGUGGUAACUGAAUGGUUUCAGCAGGAUAUUCUUGAUGGAAAGCUGUUCUACCGUCACAUCGGACCCCAUAGCACCACCACUGUGAUUGAUCAGUUUGUGUUCCGGGUCCAAGAUGAUAAUGACCCUCCUAAUCAAUCUGGCGAACACAUCUUUACCACCAAAAUUCAUCCUGUUGAUGACCUUGCCCCAGAAAUCUUUCCGGGCACCACCCUUCACAUGACAGUCCAGGAGUACGAGCUUACCCACUUCAAAAAGAAAUUCUUGUGUUAUAGUGAUCUAGAUUCAGAUGACAGGGACCUCAAGUACACCAUCAUUAAGCCCCCAACUGACACAGAUGAGAACAAUCCAGUCCCCUUAGGUGACAUCGUACUGACUGACAGUCCAGACACUGUAAUUACAGAAUUCACACAGGCCCAGGUUAAUCACCACAAAGUAGCUUACAAGCCUCCAGACCAGGAGCUGGGCAUCACUCCAAAAGUGGCUCAGUUCACGUUCAUUGUGGAAGACACUGCUGGUAACACUCUAGAUGGACUAUUCACCAUUUUCCUACAGCCAGUGGACAACAAACCCCCACUUAUCACCAACACAGGGUUCACUGUUAUGGAAAGAAGUACCUAUGUCAUCACUAGGAAAGAGCUGCAUGCCACAGACACAGAUACAGAUGAUGAAAAUAUCAUCUUCACUGUGACCCAGAUCCCUCGGUUUGGGCAGCUGCAGUAUUUGGGGAUCGACAUGGCAAAUGGCGAAACAUUCGUACUUGAAGACAUUGCAAAUGGUCGCCUUACUUACAUACAUGGUGGAGAGGAAUCACUUAGUGAUGUGAUGAAGAUUGAUGUCAGUGACGGUUUUCAUGAGGUACCCAUCACCAUUAAAAUCACAAUCGAGCCGGUUGAUGACGAGACCCCCACAAUUAUGCUCCCAGCCGGUCUGCUCGGAGCGUCUAUCGAUGUACUGGAGAAUGGAGCCACGGAGAUUACAAGUAAUGUCAUUCAGGGCCGUGAUGAAGACACAGAUGACCUCAUCCUCACUUUCAUUGUUGAAGAGCCUCCCAGGCUGGGUGAGAUCCUGGUUAAUGGUGCUCCCACUGAAAGAUUCACCCAAGAAGACAUCAUCAAUGGGGCAGUGGUGUAUGCUCACACAUCUGGUGAAAUUGGACCGGUAAAAAAAUAUGACUCUUUCAACCUUACUCUGUCUGAUUUGUCAGAGCAGUGGGUUGUUGGCGGCAACAAGGUUCAAGGUGUGACAGUUCACGUCACCAUCCUUCCUGUUGACAGCAUUCCACCUAUUGUCAGUGUAGGAGAGCAGUUUGUUGGACUCGAAGGGGAGAAGAAUGUCAUUACUUUGGACCACAUCCAAGCUGAAGAUAUUGACACUACCAAUGACGAUAUCCUGUGCACCAUCAUCGUCCAACCAACAUCUGGUUAUGUGGAGAACAUCUCCCCAGCCUCAGGCUCUGAAAAAUCCAGGGCAGGGACAGCCAUUACUGCCUUUAGCAUUAAAGACAUUGCCCUCGGCCACAUAUACUAUGUCCAAAGCAUCCACAAAGGGGUUGAACCUGUAGAAGAUCGUUUCACCUUCCGUUGCUCAGAUGGUAUUAACUUCUCUGAACGCCACUUCUUACCUAUAGUCAUCAUUCCAGCCAAUGACGAGAAGCCGGAGAUUUUCAUCCGUGAGUUUGUGGUAAUGGAGGGCAUGAGUCUGGUCAUUGACACACCAAUUCUGAACGCAGCUGAUGCUGACAUCCCUGGGGAUGAGCUGCACUUUGAGAUCAUCAAAAAACCUAAACACGGUACAAUAGUUCAGCAGCUCAGUACUGGCACUGUCCCUGUGGAAAAAUUCAACCUGGAACAGAUCAAAGAAGCAUCCAACAUUGUCUAUGAACACGAUGACUCAGAGACCAAAGAGGACAGUUUUGAAAUCAGACUCUCAGAUGGGAAACAUACAGUGGAAAAAACAGUUCUUAUCAUGGUUAUUCCUGUUGACGAUGAGACACCAAGGAUGGCUAUAAAUGAUGGCCUUGAUGUUGAGAUUGGAGAGACAAAAGUCAUCAGCAACAGUGUUUUGAAGGCCACAGAUCUUGACUCUGAAGACAAAGAGCUAACAUAUGUUGUGCAGUACGGCCCAGGCCAAGGCUACCUUCAGCGUAUCAGCAAGUUUGGUGAUGUUUUAGGUAAUAUCACCCUCGGGAUGAACUUCACACAGGACGAAAUUGACAAACAGCUCAUCCAAUAUGUACACACAGGCCAGGAGGGAAUCCGUGACCUGCUGAAGUUUGAUGUCACAGAUGGCAUCAAUCCCCUUAUUGACCGUUACUUUUACAUUAACAUUGGAAGCAUUGACAUGGUCUUUCCAGAUGUAAUCAACAAAGGUGUGACCCUAAAAGAAGGAGGGAGAGUAACUCUUACCACUGACCUCCUCAGCACCACUGACAUUAACAGUCCUGAUGAAUUCCUUGGCUUUAGCAUCACAAGAGCACCUAGUAGAGGCCACUUAGAGAGCACUGACCACCCAGGUGUUCCCAUUUCCACCUUCACCCAACUGCAGCUUGCUGGCAACAAGAUCUACUACAUCCACACCUCUGAUGAUGAGAUGAAAAUGGACAGCUUUGAGUUUGAGGUGACAGACGGUUACAAUCCUGUCUUCCGUACCUUCAGAGUGUCCAUCACUGAUGUAGAUAAUAAGAAACCCGUCUUGACAAUAAGCAAACUGGUUGUGGAGGAGGGAGAAAGCAAGCUCAUCACGCCAUUUGAGUUGACAGCUGAGGAUCGGGACACCCCAGACAACCUAUUGCGAUUCAUAGUCACCCAGGUGCCAGUACAUGGGCAGAUGCUUUUCAACAAUACCAAACCAGUCACAACUUUUUCCAAGCAAGACCUAAAUGAGAACCUUAUCAGCUAUAAGCACGAUGGCACUGAGACCACCGAUGACAGCUUCUCCUUCACUGUCACAGACGGCACUCAUUCUGAUUUUUAUGUCUUUCCUAACACUGUGUAUGAGACACGCAAGCCCCAGAUGAUGACCAUUCACAUCAACACUGUGGACAACGGUGUACCCCAGAUUGUGGUUAACAAAGCUGCUGCCUCACUGAAGGUCCUCCAAACAAACCACCUGGGCUUCGUGAUCACCAGCAAGGCCCUUCGAGCAGAGGACCGCGACAGUUCCCAGAGGGUCCUGAAAUACAUUGUGUCUGAGGCUCCUCUGCAUGGCUUUAUCAUGAACACUGCCCUGGGCAACGACAGCAUCAAGACCUUCACACAAGCUGAUAUCGAUGACAUGAAGAUCUGUUAUGUGCUGUUGGAUGGGAGCAACGCCACAAGUGAUAUCUUCUACUUCACAGUUGAAGACAAAGGUGGAAACAAACUAAAGCCUCAGCCAUUCCGGCUCAACUGGGCCUGGAUAUCUCUGGAGAGAGAAUACUAUUUAGUGGAUGAGGACGCCAAAUUCCUGGAGGUCACACUCAAACGCAGAGGCUACCUGGGAGAAACCUCCUUCGUCAGUAUUGCCACCAAGGAUGGAACAGCAGAGAAGGACAAAGACUUCCGUGGCAAAGCCCAGAAGCAGGUCCAGUUCAACCCCGGCCAGACUACGGCAACCUGGAAGGUGAAGAUCUUCACAGACCAGGAGUUUGAGACCUCAGAGACUUUCGAAAUACAACUGUCAGACCCGGUCAUGGCUGUGCUGGAGUUUCCUGACACCGCAACAGUCGAGAUUGUGGAUCCUGGAGAUGAAUCCACUGUCUACAUUCCUCAAGCAGAGUUUAAGAUUGAGGAGGAUGUUGGAGAGCUUUUAGUGCCGGUGCGGCGCUCAGGAGAUGCCAGCCAGGAACUCAUGGUCGUUUGUUUCACUCAGCAAGCCACCGCCACUGGCACCAUACCCAGCACUGUGCUGUCCUACUCUGACUACAUCACCCGACCUGAGGACCACAACAGUGUGCUGCGUUUUGACAAGGAUGAGCGGGAGAAACUCUGUCGCAUCAUCAUCAUUGAUGACUCCCUGUAUGAGGAGGAAGAGAGCUUCAACGUCAGCCUCAGCAUGCCUAUGGGCGGCCAGGUGGGCGCCAACUUCCCUACUGCCAAGAUCACCAUCUUGGCAGACAGCGAUGAUGAGCCCUCGCUGUAUUUUGGGGAACCUGAGUAUGUCGCGGAUGAGAGUUCAGGCUACGUUGAGGUCAAGGUCUGGAGGACAGGGACCGACCUGUCUAAGACGGCUACUGUCACUGUGCGCUCCAGGAAGAGCGAGCCUGUCUCUGCAGAAGCUGGACUGGACUAUGUUGGCAUUAGUCGCAACUUAGACUUUGCUCCUGGAGUGACAAUGCAGACAUUCAGGGUGACCAUCCUGGAUGAUCUGGGUCAGCCGGAGCUGGAGGGGCCGGAGACCUUUGACCUGGUGUUACGGAUGCCCAUGAAUGCUGUGCUGGGAGAACCGAGCAAGACCACCAUCACCAUUAAUGAUACAGUCACUGACGUGCCAAAGGUUCAGUUUAAGGAAGGAAGCUACAAGGUGGAUGAGUCUGAUGGGGAGGUAACAGCCAUAGUGUACCGCAGUGGAGACAUUAGCCUCCGGUCCACAGUGCGCUGUUACACUCGCCAAGGGUCUGCCCAAGUCAUGAUGGACUACAGUGAAAGACCCAAUACUGACGCAUCAAUCAUAACUUUCCUACCAGGUGAAACUGAGAAGCCGUGUGUGGUCAGCCUGAUGGACGAUUCCGUCCAUGAAGACGAUGAAGAGUUCCGUCUCGUCCUGGGAACUCCCAAGAGCAAGUCUCCUUAUGGAGCUUCUAUCGGGGAGCAGAAGGAAGCGCUGGUCACAGUCACAGACGGGAAAGACAAGCCCAUCAUCCGUUUCUCUGAGAUCAAAUACAGUGUACGUGAACCUCAGGUCAAAGGUGACGUGGCUAUAGUGAAGCUUCCCAUCCUGCGCGUUGGAGACACCUCCAAGGUCUCAGUGGUGAGAGUGCACACCAAGGACGGCUCUGCAACCUCCGGAGAAGACUACAACCCGCUGUCAGAAGAUGUUGAGUUCAAAGAGGGUGAGACGGAACACUUUGUGGAGAUUGAGAUCCUGUAUGACGGUCAGAGAGAGAUGAGAGAGGCCUUCACUGUACACAUGAAGCCUGAUGACAACAUGGUGGCAGAAAUACAGAUGAACAAGGCCAUUGUGUACAUUGAGGAGAUGGACAGUGUGGCAGAUGUUACCUUCCCUGCCGUGCCCCAGGUGGUUUCCCUGCUAAUGUAUGAUGACACAGCUAAAUCCAAAGACAAGCCCCACCCGCCGAAUGGAUACCCUGUUGUGUGUGUGACGGCUUGCAACCCUAAGUACCACGACUUUGACAAAACCGGUUCCAUCUGCUCCGCGGAGAACAUCAACGACACUCUCACUCAGUAUCGCUGGCUGGUCAGCGCCCCCACCGGGUCAGAUGGAGUGACCAGCCCCAUGAGGGAGGUGGACACUAACACUUUCUUCACCAACACCAAGUCCAUCACUUUGGAUUCAAUCUACUUCCAGGCCGGUUCAAGGGUUCAGUGUGCUGCAAGAGCCUUCAAUGCCAAUGGAGAUGCCGGUCUGGAGCUGUCCAGUCCCAUUGCUGUGAUCAGCAAGGAGGAGGGUAUGUGUCAGCCUCGUAUCCCAGGCACUGUUGGAGCUGAACCUUUCUCUGCUAAGAUCCGCUACACCGGUCCAGAUGACCCAGACUUCCCCAACCUUGUGAAACUGACUAUCAACAUGCCUCACAUGGAUGGUAUGUUACCAGUGAUCUCCACAAGACCUCUGUCCAACUUUGAGCUCACCCUGAGCCCAGACGGCACACGUGUGGGCAACCAUCGCUGCUCCAACUUGCUGGAUUUUAAUGAGAUCCAAACGGGCCACGGCUUCAUCACAGAUGCAACGAAGAACCCUGAAAUCAUUGGCGAGACAUCACCCUACCAGUACAGCCCGGUCAUGCGCUCAGCCAACUCUCUGCGCUUCUACAGGAACCUCAACUUGGAGGCCUGCCUCUGGGAGUUCACCACUUACUACGACAUGUCAGAGCUGCUGAAUGACUGUGGCGGCUCCAUAGGCACCGAUGGACAGGUGCUGAACCUGGUCCAGUCCUACGUCACCCUGCGUGUUCCUCUGUUUGUGUCCUACGUCUUCCACUCUCCAGUGGCUGUGGGAGGCUGGCAGCACUUUGACCUGCAGUCAGAGCUCAAACUCACCUUUGUGUACGAUACUGCUAUCCUGUGGCAGGACGGCAUCGGCAGCCCGCCUGAGGCUGAGCUACAAGGAGCCAUGUACCCAACCAGUAUGCGUAUAAAUGAGGAGGGACGUCUGGUGGUCAACUUCAAGACAGAGGCCCGCUUCAGGGGACAGUUUGUUAUGUCUCAUUCAGGAACCAGCGUGUCAUCCAUGGUGAUGUGUGCCGACCACCCUGGGCUGACGUUCACUCUCGCCCUGGUCAGGACCGAGCCCACUUACAACCAGCCCAUGCAGCAGUGGAGUUUUGUCUCAGACUUUGCUGUGCGAGACUACUCUGGGACCUACACAGUGAAGUUGAUCGCCUGCAUUGCAUCACCUAAUGGGGAGUUCAGCAUCCCUCCUGUCUGCCACCCAAGAGAGCCACUUACGUUUGACAUGGACAUUCGCUUCCAGCAGGUGAGUGACCCAGUUGCAGCUGAGUUUAGCCUCAACACUCAGAUGUUCCUGCUGUCCAAGAAGGAGUUGUGGUUGUCUGACGGCUCCAUGGGCUUUGGAGAAGGAACUGAUGCUGCUUUCUCAGAUGGUUCCAUGAUCUACGGUCGUGUGAUGGUGGACCCUGUCCAGAACCUCGGUGACUCCUUCUCCUGCAGCAUUGAGAAAGUCUUCCUCUGCACUGGAGCAGAUGGCUACGUUCCUAAGUAUAACCCAACCAACAAGGAGUACGGCUGCCUGGCAGACGCGCCUUCUCUGCUUUACAGAUUCAAAAUCCUGGACAAGGCCCAGCCAGAGACUCAAGCUACAGUAUUUGGUGAUGUUGCUUUUAAGGCCACACUGGCUCAAGACACACCUGGAGGUCUGCCUUUGGUCAGACAACCAGGAUCAGAUGGCUUCUCUCUCUCCUCAUCUCCACUUUUCCAGGUGGCUGCUGGUCGGGAAUGGUUCAUCCACACUAUUUACACAGUCCGCUCCAGAGAAAAUGCCAACCGCAACAUUGGCAAACGCAGUGUGGAGUACCUGCAUCACAGCAUGUCCUCUGUCGAGCAGCCCGAGACCUCCAACAUGGCCACCCACCGCCACCGCCGUGCCGCCCCUGCGCUUUCUGACCUUGGUGUGGCCCAGGACAUCGGUGUAGAAAACAACCGGGGCACCAACAUCCAGCACAUCGCUCUAGACCGAGCAGACCGCAUGGUGGUCAGCCAGCGCCAGCCCUGGUCCCCUAACCGUGACCCCCUCCUGGACCGCCCCCUGCUGGAAAGUUCUGGCAGAGAACUGGCUGACACCUCCACCGUGCCCAUGUUAGUGGGCCUCGCAGGUAUGAUCCUUCUCAUCUGCCUCAUUGCCACCGUUGUCAUUCUGCUGCUGUGGCGCAAGAAGAGGGAAAAGAAGACCCAGUUCCCUCCUUACACCACCUCCUCUUCUUCUGCCUACAAUGGCUACAGCCAAGGCCCAGCGGGCAUGUGGAGCAGCUCAGACAACUCUGAGGUCUAGAUGUGGA